AUGAGUGAGCAAGAUUGUUUGGAUUCGUGGUCAUCGGACGGUGAUAGCGUCUCAUCCGAUAGCUAUUCUUCCGAUUCGGAAACCUCUUCCUCUUCUUCUUCAAACAACAGUGAUAAUCAGUCCUCCGACCGAACUAGAGGAGUUCGAUAUUUAAAGCACGUAGUUUUUGUCUUCACUCUUGUUUACCAUGGAAGUUACAAUGCUUCCUUACCUUCAGAACUGAUCUUUUGUGCAUGUAUUUCCGAUUUUCGCAGACGCGCUGGCAUUUUUACGAGAGAAGAAGUAAUAGAGCAGGCAAUUGACCGAUGGUCUGCUUACCUUCGGCUGUGUGGCAAAGCAAUGACCUUUUUGCGUGACACUAUGGUGGAAAACUAUGUGAGAGAGGUUGUCGAAAACAAAGCUCAGUCAAAUUUCUCUUGUCCGAUUGAGGCUGUCGGCGGUGGUGUGACCAGUAAAAUAACGCCUUCUGUGGAUUCGUUGGGCGACUCAAAGAAUUCUACCCUUGCUAGUGGUCAUAAAUCGGCUGAGCUUCGUGCUCUUCGACGUUUCGGUCGCCAUUCUAGCAGAGUAGAAAACGCCAAGAGAGCAGCAGCAGUAUCAAAAUUUGCCAUCAUGUCAACCCAACUGGCACCGUGGCAGCGUUCAGGUGGAGGCCAGCAAUCGUGCAAGUACCGCGACCCAACUACUACAACGUGGGAACAUCGAUGUAAUCGGCCCUGUGUACCUCUGCUACCCUACUGCGCUGUACACCUCGUGCUUUCUGAGGAUACUCCGUCUCCCCCUCAGCCCUCCAAUGUUGCCACGACUACCUCCACCACAAUUCUCCCCAGAGAAACUGAGGUGGGAGGUGACGGUGAGGGCUUUUCUGUUAUGGCAUCAGCAUCGGCGCCUGCUCCUCCGCCAACGCCUGGGAAGCCACAGAAGCCUCCAUCGCGGAAGUCGGCAUCUACAAAGGCGCGUUCGACGACUGAUGGCGUCGCCUCUUUCAGUGACGUUCAGUUUCCGCCCCAGGUAUGUUUACUACUUUAA